GCAGGCCAUGACGAGUCGGAGUAUUUUCUCUGACGGACCUUGCAGAGACAGCCUCCGCGACGCCGACGACAUCAAAUGGGGAAGAAGCGGACCCAUGGCGAGACCAAGGAUGGCUUCACGAAGCCGCCGCCCGCCGGCGACCGGGUGAGCGCCAAAGGUGACAGGAAGGACCGGAAUGACAGGCGCAAGGGCGGCGACGGGCCCAAGAAGACGUCGACGCUGAUCUUCAAGCCGCAGCCGGAAUGGCACACAGUCGCGCUGCCGGCGCUGCCCACGCUCGACAGCCCCUCGAUCCCGCCCCGCUACGUGCUCGACGCCGUGCACGAGUACGCCGACCAGCUGCUCGAGGCCGAGGCGACCGAGUACGCGGCCUCGCACAUGUCCAAGGACUCGUCGCACAAGUUCAUGUCGACGGUCAUGGCGUCGGGUACCAUGGAGGACAAGGUGUCGGCCCUGACGCUGCUGGUCCAGGAGUCGCCGCUGCACACGACAAAGGCCUUUGAGCAGCUGCUGGGCCUGUCGCGCAAGAAGAGCCGCAACGCCGCCAUGAUGGCCCUGGCCGCCCUGAAGGAUCUGAUGGGCCAGGGCGUGCUGCUGCCCCCCGACCGCAAGCUCAAGGCCUUUGCCCGCCAGCCGGGCCUGAUCAGCGCCCUGCAGGGUAGCAACGCCCGCUGGAAGGCCGGCGACAAGCUGCCCGGCGACGUCCAGAAGGUGCACCUCAUCGCGUGGGCCUACGAGGACUGGCUGAAGAAGCAGUACUUUGAGAUGCUCAAGAUCAUCGAGGGCUGGUCCAACGACGAGGUCGAGUACUCGCGCAACCGCGCCGUCACCUUCGUCUGGGAGCUGCUCAAGGAGAAGCCCGAGCAGGAGGAGAAUCUGCUGCGCCUGCUCAUCAACAAGCUGGGCGACAAGGAGAAGAAGGUCGCCUCGCGCGCCUCGUACCUACUGCUCCAGCUGCAAAUCACCCACCCGCUGAUGAAGAACGUCAUCAUCAGCUCCAUCGAGUCGGACCUGCUCUUCCGCCCCAACCAGAGCGGCGUCGCCAAGUACUACGCCGUUAUCACCCUCAAUCAGACCGUUCUGAGCGUGAAGGAGCACGAGGUGGCCAACAAGCUCAUCGAGAUCUACUUCAGCAUCUUCCUCGGCCUGCUGAAGAAGCAGAAAGAGCACGAGAAGGAGGAGAAGCGCAUCAACAAGCACGGCCUGGUGCAGGGCGGUGGAAGCCAGCCCGGCAAGAUGGCCAAGAAGAAGGCCGAAAAGGCCGCGACCAUGGCCUUCAAGGUCGAGGACGAGUCGAGAGAAAAGCUCAUCUCCGCCAUACUGACAGGCGUCAAUCGCGCGUUCCCCUUUGCCAAGACAGACGACGUCAAGUUCGAGGAGCAGCUCAACACCAUCUUCCACGUCACACACUCGUCCAACUUCAACACCAGCAUCCAGGCUAUGACCCUUAUCCAGCAGAUCUCAGCCACAAAGUCCUAUGCUACCGACCGUUUCUACCGAACACUCUACGAGUCCCUUCUGGACCCCCGACUCAUCUCAACUUCCAAGCACAUCAUGUAUCUCAACCUCCUCUACCGAUCCCUCAAAGCGGACCUCAGCAUCAAGCGCGUCAAAGCAUUUGUCAAGCGUUUACUCCAGAUCAUCCACAUGCACGAGCCUCCUUUCAUCUGCGGCGUUUUGUAUCUCGUCAACGAAUUGAUCACCACCUUCCCCAGCAUCAAGUCCAUGUUGGUGACGCCAGAAGACAACGCCGACGACAGCGGCGACGAGCACUACGACGAUGUUGCAGAGGGCAACGACGCAAAGACCAGCGCCAAAGAAGAGUCUACCCACAACAGCUACGACCCUCGAAAACGAGAUCCAGAGCAUGCCCAAGCAGACCUGUCUUGUCUGUGGGAACUCCUACCACUCCAGGCGCACUACCACCCAUCCGUUCACGUCCUCGCCUCCAAGAUCGUCAACCAGGAGCCCAUCAAGGAGAAGCCCGACCCAACAAUCUACACCCUCAUGAACUUCCUCGACAAAUUCUCCUUCCGCAACGCAAAAACCAAAGCCCAAGCCGUCCACGGCUCCUCCAUCAUGCAGCCCAUGUCCGGCUCUUCCAAGGCAGCAGACUACCUCAUCACCGCCCGCGACGGCGACCGCACACACGACCCCGUCAACUCAGAGCACUUCUGGCGCCAGAAGGUCGACGACGUGCGCGUCGACGAGGUCUUCUUCCACACCUACUUCGAGAAGGCGGGCAAGGCCAAGCAGGCGGACAAGAAGGCCAAGAAGAAGAAGCGCGACGAAGAUGACGACGACGAGGAGGAGAGCGACGAAGACGAAAUCUGGCAGGCGCUCGUCAAGAGCCGUCCAGAUGUCGAGGGCGACGACGGAGGCGACGACGACUUCAGCGACAUCGACAUGGAGGACAUGAUGAGCGACGAUGAAGCUGGCGGAAUCGGCAUGGAUGCAGGCGUGGAACUCAAUCUCGGCAGUGACGACGACGAGGACGAGGGAGCUGUCCAGCCUGCACAAGAGGAUGACGACGACGACGACUUUGAAGACUUCGACCUUGACGACCAGGACGGCUUCAUGGACAGCGACGACGAGGUCCCCGUCGAUAUCGAUCUUGAUGGCGAGGCCGACGCCGACGCGGAUGGCAAGGACAAAGACGACAAGAAGCGGAAGAAGAGGAAGCUUAAGCAUCUGCCUACUUUUGCCUCGGUCGACGACUACGCUAAGCUCAUUGGGGAUGAUGAUAGCGAGUAGAUUAGAUUGGGCGACGUGCGUGUAGGUGUUUUGCUCUUUCUAUUCCUCACCCGGACGGAGUCGGCGCAUGGGCUUGACGGCGCUGGGGAGAUGCAGAUUGCGUGGCUUUUGAUUGUAGAUAUCCUGAAUGAAUGAAAUACUUGUAAUGGAAUGGC